CCUCCAUUCAUUCCCUUCAUCAAACACAAACCAAACCAUUCCAAUUCUCAACACUCAAACUAACUGCAACUUGCAUUCCCUAGAGAACACACCUCUGUUGCCUUCCUUCACUUCAGUUAGCUGAGUGUGUUGGUAAGCACUUUCCUUCUCCUUUGGGUAGUUAUGUCAUCAGCACCUAUGACCGACAACAACAAGGUUCAAAACAAAGGCCUUUUAUCUUCUUCUUCUUCUUCUUCUUCUGUGAGGAUAGAGGAAGAGAUCAUGAAGCAGGGCAUCAUAACCAUUUUGAACUCAAACACAAACACAAACACACCUUCUUCUUCUUCUUCUUCUUCUCUGCGAAGAACUCUCUCCGCAGACAUGUCCUCAAAGAACUACUUGCAUGCAAAAACCAUUGCUGACUCAGAAAAAGAAGAAGAAGAUAAUGAAGAUGAAGCUGAGAGAGAGAGGCUGGAGAUUUGGAGCUCCAUCCAACGGAACAAGAAGGAGGAGCAAGAGAAAUCAGGAGCCUUUGAUAUGUGGAGCUCAAUCGUAUCUCUCAAGGGCAAAGAUGAAAUCUCCAAAUCAAUGCCUAUUACACCUUAUGUUCACCCUCUUGUCAAAAGGUCCAAGAGUUGUUUGAGUGGCAAGAGCCUCGAAAUCUGCACUGAGAGUCUCGGCUCCGAGACUGGCUCUGAUGCCCUGUUGUUAUCUUCUCACUCUUCUUCUUCUGAGACAGGGGAUGCAACAGAGCAAGAACAAGACAAAGAACAAGUUAACGAAGAAGAAGAAGAAGAGUUAUGCAAUUAUGCUUCAGUGGUGGCUACAAAGAAGGCUUCGGCUUCGGCUUCGGCUUCGGCUUCACCACCACGCGCUUUCCCUCCACCACUUCCUUCACUCUCUCAUCACCAAGCAAGUUCUUCAGUAACUCACAUGCGUUCCCACCGCGACAAUGGAAGGUUGGUUCUCCAAGCUGUUUCUGUUCCUUCUCACAACAAUUUCAGCAUUCAGCGCCAAGAUGGUCGCCUUGUCCUCACUUUCUCCAAUCACCAAGAGGAGGAGGAGGAGGAGGAAGAAGAAGAAGAAGAGAAUGGUGAUCAUGUGGAGGAGUUGGGAGAAGAGUGCUUUGGAGGGUUUGAGUUUGGAGAAGAGGAGGAUUAUUAUGACGAGGGUGAAGAUGAAGAGGAAGAGGAAUACUUUCUUGGCACGAAGCCACAGGUAUCCUCUAUUGAACCCAAUUCUGUUCUGAUGGGGUACGAGAGUGUGAUAGAGAAAGCGCCGCUAUUGCCUAGUGGGGUGACAAGUAGUGUUCAUGAGUUGGCUUUGAUGAUGAAUAUUAAGAAUAAGCCAAUUGGGGUAGUGAAUAGGAAUCCAAAGUGGUCGGAGAAGUUCAAUGAGAUGACCAAUUUUGAUGAUGUUAAUGUGGCAGCACAAUCACUGCCUCCAAGGCCAAGGGUGGCAAGGUUGAUUCCAUCAGCACCAGCUGCUUCUUUCAAUUUCAAUGCUUAUGAAUACUAUUGGAGGACCAAGUCUGCAUCAUCAAAAGGUACUAGUGUUAACCUUAACCAACUUGACCAAGAGAAACUGAAGAGCAAGGUUGUUGUGUCCGGGGACAUGAACAAGGUGGUCUCAAGGGAGCAACAGCAGUUGCUGGUUCUUAGAGGGAAGAAUGGUGAUUACUUGGUUCACAAUUUGAAGAGUUGCAAGGAUUCUAGAAGGUCGUUUCUGUUCUGGGAACCCUAUUGCAUUGCCACCUCCUGAAUCAGUCACAAACAAUAACAACAACAACAACAACUAAUCCAAAAUCCAUUGCUCAAAACACUAUUUAUUACUCCAUCAUCAUUUUAUCUCUACCUGGUUCAACUCUUUCAGGGAUCUGUUUAGUGUAGUCAAAUAAAGGAAAAAGGGACUGGGAGAAAAGGAUAGGGAGAGAAGAAAAUACUUUAACUUGUAUUUGUAAGAUCAGAAAAAUGACUUGAACAGUAUUGUAUACUAUUACUACUACUAUUUAUCUGUUGUAUUUGCUAUUGGCUAAUAAUCUAAUCUAAUACAUAUAUACACAAACGUAAUUUUAGCUUUUCAA